AUGCGUUUUUCUAUUUUUGCGUUGCUCGGCGCCAUUUCGGCCUCGUCCCUUCUGCCUGAACUGACGGGGGCUCUUCCAAACGGCGAUACCACUUACGAACAGCAAAUCGGACGCCUGGACAAUGCGGCUCGCUCAUCCGGCCGUAUGUUGAUGAAGAACCUGAGGAUGGAUUUAAGCGACAGGCAGGUUAGUACAAAGUCGCCUGCCCCACUUGUGACUUCUCCUCCAACAGCCCAGCCGACAUCAUCUAUUAAGCAAGCUUCCUCCAAAGUCCCGUCCGACGGUUCCAGUAGCCCUAGUUCGAAAUCGUCUCCAACCUCACCGGAGACAGACAUGCCAGCAUCUAAUGCUUCCAAGAAAAGCAGCAAAUCCAGAUCUCCGACAUCGCCGAAUCCGAAGAGCGCGAAAGCUACGGUAUCUCCCGAUCAAACUCCGUCUGACUUCCCCUCCGAAGUUCCUACUGGUCCCAGUGCGAAGUCCUCUGUGGCACCGGCAGCCACCAAGAAGAGCGGCAAGGGAGGGUCCCCGACAUUGCCAAAUCCGAAGAGCGCGAAAGCUACGGUAUCUCCUGAUCAGACGCCGUCCGACUUCCCCUCCGAGGUUCCUAGUAGUCCCAGCGCAAAGUCUUCCGAUAUAUCAAAGGUGAGCGCUUCCAAGAAGAGCGGCAAAGGCGGGUCCACGACAUCGCCGAAUCCGAAGAGCGCAAAAGCUACGGUAUCUCCGGAUCAGGCUCCGUCCGAUGUCCCCUCUCCGGUUCCGAGUAGUCCGAGUGUGGAACCUUCUUCUGACGCACCGGUGGCCGAUACUUCCAUCACUUCCAAGAACGGUAGCAAGACCGGGACUCCGACCGUAUCGAAAAAUCCAAAUCAAGCUCCGACCGCAGUCCCUACGAGUCCCGCUACUAUUCCGCCGUUUACCUUCUCGUUACCACCAGUGUUGACUUUGCCGCCAGUCAGCGAAUUGCCAAAGAUCCCUACGCAGAAAGCUGAUCAAUUACCACUUCCGAAACUACCCAGAACAAAAAAGGGAACCAAGAAAAGCUUGACUAAAAGCACCGCUGAUUUGCCUCCAGUGAUGGCUCUACCGCCAGUGAUCGAUUCGCCGAACAUCCCCAGCAAGAAUAGUAACGUGAUAACCGUUCCGAAAGUACCCGAAACGAAAAAAGCCACGACCAAAGGCUUGACCAAGACCACCAACUCGUUGGAAAUUCCCGCCUUCUAA